UGGAUUCUAAAACGACGAGGAAUAAGGUGGCGUGGUAAUGCCGCGCACGCGGUGAAAGAAACACGGCAACAGACAAAAUCCGCGCUCCGUCAAAAGACUCAAGAACAUUUGCGCAUUCUGCAGCCUACCGGCUUGCCAUUGCUUUCCAAGCAAAUACUUCAAAGACCAAAGCCAGUGUCGCGUGACGUGGAGAGAGGAGCUCAAAGUUUCACGCGCGGCGAUGGAUAAUUCUGAUAAGUCUCCGGGGUUAGGGAUUAGAGACCGCAGAGCAGACGCUCUUGGCGACCUCAAAGCCCUCCCGGAUGAAAUUCUGUGCGCUAUUCUUGAAUUUCUCAGUCCUCGUGAUCUUGCUCGUCUCGCUUGUGUUAGCAGUGUGAUGUACAUACUAUGCAAUGAAGAGCCUCUUUGGAUGGGCAUAUCCCUUAAAAGAGUAAAUGGCUCUUUUCAAUACAAAGGAUCCUGGAAGAAAACAAUGCUGCAUUUGGAGCAUUUGCUCGGUGAAUAUGAAGAACCUUUCAGAAAAUCUCUGUGUUUUGAUGGAUUCAAUUCUCUAUUCUUGUACAGAAGAUUUUACAGGUGUCAUACCACACUAGAUACGUUUUCAUUUGAUGACGGAAAUGUGGAGAAGAAAGAAAUAUCUUUGGAGGAUUUUUCUCUGAACUAUGAUGGGAAAAAACCAGUUUUGCUCACUGGACUAGCUGAUACUUGGUCUGCAAGGAAUACGUGGACAAUUGACCAGUUAGUGACAAAAUAUGGUGAUAUAGCAUUUAAAAUAUCUCAGAGGAGUCCUGGAAAAAUGAAAAUGAAAUUCAAGGAUUAUGUCAGUUACAUGAAUAUUCAGCAUGAUGAGGAUCCUCUCUAUGUUUUUGAUGACAAGUUUGGAGAAGUGGCACCAGACUUGUUGAAAGAUUACAGUGUACCUCUUCUGUUUCAAGAAGACUUGUUUGAUGUCUUGGACAGAGAUAAUCGGCCACCAUUCAGAUGGCUUAUUAUUGGACCAGAGAGAUCUGGUGCCUCAUGGCAUGUUGAUCCUGCACUUACUAGUGCCUGGAAUACUCUUCUAUGUGGCCGUAAAAGGUGGGCAUUGUAUCCUCCUGGGAGAGUGCCGCUAGGCGUUACGGUAAAUGUAAACGAUGAAGAUGGUGAUGUCCAUGUUGAGACUCCAUCAUCACUUCAGUGGUGGCUAGACUUUUACCCGCUUCUUCCUGAUGAAGACAAGCCAAUCGAGCGUACACAACUACCUGGAGAGACUAUUUUUGUUCCAAGUGGAUGGUGGCACUGUGUCCUUAAUCUGGAAACAACUAUUGCUGUUACACAAAAUUUUGUAAAUCCAAAGAAUUUUGAAUUUGUAUGCUUGGAUAUGGCUCCUGGUUAUCGUCAUAAAGGGGUUGUUCGGGCAGGAUUGCUUGCUCUUGAUGGAGAUAGUCUAGAGGAUAUUGAAAGGGAUACAUUGUCCGAUAAAAAUAGUUUGAGUUACCCAGAUCUAACAAGGAAAGAGAAGAGGGUCAGAAUUCACGAAACUGGAGAGAACCAAAAUCAUGAAGGAACAGACAGGGUUUCUUCUAAGAGUUAUGAUCUGUGGAAACAUGGGUUUUCAUAUGAUAUUGAUUUCUUAUCCACAUUUCUGGACAGAGAAAGGGAUCAUUACAGUUCCCCGUGGAGCUCAGGGAACUGCAUUGGGCAACGAGAGAUGAGGCAAUGGUUAUCUAAGCUUUGGAUUGCUAAACCAGCAAUGAGGGAACUAAUAUGGAAGGGAGCUUGUCUUGCACUACAUGCUGACAAAUGGUUGGAAUGCCUUACAAAAAUUUGUGCCUUCCACAAUUUGCCUUUUCCUUGUGAUGAUGAGAGGCUUCCUGUCGGUACUGGUAGCAAUCCUGUGUAUCUCUUGGCCGAUUGUGCAGUCAAAAUUUUUGUGGAGGGAGGCCUGGAAACUGCACUUUAUGGUUUAGGCGCUGAGCUUGAGUUUUAUGAACUUCUUUGUGAGGUCAGCUCCCCUCUGAAAAAUCAUAUUCCUGAUGUUUUGGCAAGUGGGAUUAUUUUCUUUGAAAAUGAAUCAUACCACAUUGUGCCUUGGGAUGGAAAAGGACUGCCUUGUGUAAUUGCUAAGUGCAAUUUGGUUUCUGAUGCAUGGGUAGACAGUGAGUUCCCCUUCAAUGUAUGGAGCAAGAAACUCUUUGAGUAUAGAAGAUGUAGAAUAUCAACAAGUGAAUCAGCCAGUUCAGCUAACUCAAGGAUAUGCCCGUAUAUUAUAACGAAACGAUGCAAAGGGAAGAUAUUUGCGCAGCUAAGAGAUACAUUGUCAUUGGAAGAUGCUCUUAACUUGGCUUCCUUUUUGGGAGAGCAGCUGCACAACCUUCAUUUAUUGCCAUGUCCACCUCUCAACAAUUUGAAUUUCUUAGAUGGUGUUCACAAAGUGAAUUUGCCUCUAGUUAGUGAUUGUCUGGAGGAUGUCCCUCAUAAGCCAAACGUUCCAGCAGAGUGGGAAAUCUUUGUGAGAGUUCUUGGCAGGAGAAAGAAGGAUGUCAAGAGCCGCUUGAAUAUGUGGGGAGAUCCAAUCCCAAACACACUGAUAGAGAAGGUUGAUGAAUACAUCCCCAAUGAUUUUUUUGCAAACUUGCUUGAUCUAUAUGAGGAUGCUGAUUGCCUGACAAAGGUUAAUAAACCUUGGUCCUGGAUUCAUUCAGAUAUCAUGGAUGACAACGUUCACAUGGAACCAUCUAACUUGAUAGGUGAUGGUUCCAUAAAUGGCUAUGCUGUUCAUAAAAAGGGAUCAUGGAGUCCCAGUCAUAUCCUCGAUUUCAGUGAUUUAUCUAUAGGAGACCCAAUUUAUGACUUGAUACCUAUAUACUUGGAUAUCUUUAGAGGUGAUUCCCAUCUCCUUAAGCAGCUUUUAGAAAGCUAUAAACUUCCUUUGGUCAGAGGCAUGUUGCGUGGCAAAACAGUAGAGAGUAGCAAUGAGCUUGAUCGAAUUUCAUAUCGGGCAAUGUAAGUAAAUUAUCUUUAGAUUCACUUCUUCCUGCUUCUGUAGUGAUCAGAUUUAUAAGAGUAUUUGUUCAAGUCUAGUCAUUUGUGGAAUAAAAUGUAAGAAAUAUAGACUACCUGCAGUUUUUGUUGCCAAGGUGAAGUCAUGCAAAUUGGUCUGUUUUUGGUUCUUGAUUCGGCUUUUCAGAACUAUACAACUCUUUCAUCAACAUCAACUGCUUUCCAAUUUUCCUGUGUCACUUGCAAAUUUGAAUCUGUAUGGAAUGAUUUUGGAGUUAUGAGUGUGGGUAGAUAUGGUCAAUUUUUUUUAACAUAUGACGCCUUUUGCCCAACUACUUGUGCCAAGGGCUGCUAUUGAAAGUGCUUUGAAAAUGGUUUGAAAAUGGU